CGCCCCUUAAUGAUCACUCACAAACAAGAUGGCGACUUGCAGGAAGAUGGGACGUAGCUGGAAAAUUCAAUGUUUCGUUUUUAUCUUGUUACAACUGUUUCCUCUCAACUGUAUUUCGGCUCCACUGGCAACCCAAAACGCAGUUUCUCUGGAUCCAGGAGUUGAUGAUUUAGAACCCUUGCCUUUGGCACCAGCCAGCAAUGAUGCAGAAACAGCCAUCAGCACUGGUACAACAGACGGCAAAGCAACCAGUGACAAUGCUACAACACCUGAUGCAACAGUAAUUAAGGCUGCAACAGUAAUUAAGGCUGUAACAGCAGAUGCAAAGGACGCUGCUGCCACACCCGUCAAGGACGCUGCUGCCACACCCGUCAAGGACGCUGCUGCCACACCCGUCAAGGACGCUGCUGCCACACCCGUCAAGGACGCUGCUGCCACACCCGUCAAGGACGCUGCUGCCACACCUGUCAAGGACGCUGCUGCCACACCCGUCAAGGACGCUGCUGCCACACCUAUAGAAGACACACCCAUCAAGGACACACCUAUCGAUGAUGUAAUAGCACGUGAUGAUGCACCAUACACCAAAGGGGAGGUUAUAGCUGAAUCCACUGCCAUUAUUGCUGAAACAAUUGUUGGCAAGUAUGCAAAAACUGCAGACAAGAACAAAACCAAAUUAGAUAAAUCAGGACUGACUCCUGAAAAACUACCUCCCAAACCUGCUGAUUCAGAUGCUGAUGCUGCCCCGGCCAUGACUGCAGCUCCAGCCACCAGCACCACCACAGUCAAAGCCCCAGAGCCUGCCAAGCCCAUCCUGGAGAAACCAAGCCCUGCCUCCAACACCAAGCUCGUCGGCCCCAUGGACGCAACAGAGGAUGAGCAAGAAAGCGAUCUAGUGCCUGUCAACACCCUGGAGUCCCAGACCGAGACAGACAUGUACGGCAGAGAAAAUGAGGAAGAAGGUGGUGAAGACAACGAUGACAUUGGACUAGCUGUUAAGGUCCCUCUGGACCAGAACCAGAACUUUGGCAGCCAAGACCUCAACGAGGAGAACGACGACAGCAUGGUGGACGCCGACGAUGACCAGGUGGUGCUCAGCCCAGCAAAGAGUGCUGGGAAGAUCGACGUACGUAUGAAGGACACCAACAUCUACACCACCCAGGACGAGGACUCCCACUUCUUCUUCCACCUGGUCAUCCUGGCCUUCCUGGUGGCCAUUGUAUACAUCACCUACCACAACAAGAGGAAGAUCUUCCUGCUAGCCCAGAGUCGGCGCUGGAGGGACGGCCUGUGUUCUCGCAACAACGUGGAGUAUCAUCGGCUGGACCAGAAUGUCAACGAGGCCAUGCCUUCCCUCAAGAUGACUCAAGAUUACAUCUUCUGAGCAGAGAAGGGAGUUGAAAGAACUAAAACGAGCCUUUUUCCAGCUGCAUUGUUGAAACGCUUGCUUGCCCACAAGCUUGCCCCACUUUUUCUUGCUUCAGGAAAAACCUGGGCAGGAGGGAGUUUGAUGGUAUGACCACUCUGUAAUCGAUACACGUUUUCAAUGUUUGCCCACGUAUGCUGGAAAUAUUAUUUUCUGUUUUGUUAACCAUAGUCCUGGGUUUUGAAAUUUAAUUAUGAUUUUAGUAUUUGAUUUAUUUGGGUGGCCUAUACUUGUCUGUAUGAAAUACGUUCUCACCAUGUUUAAGCCUUACUAUCAUUCUACACUUAUUGUUUUGCACACUUAAGUGUUUGUGCUGAUUACACACUUAGAAAAUUGGAAUGUAAAUAGUGUCAAUCAAUACCAAGAUUAAUAACCAAUAAUAGUGUACUUUACUUGCUAGUCACUAAUCUGCCCUGCAAUGAAUGAAGGCUAUUUGUAGUGUUUCGCCUCAAAGCCCUCAAUCCACAAAGCAUUUGCAGUUGUAAAAGUUAAUAUUGUACGUAUGUAGCGUACUACACAAUAUACAUUUAUGUUCAGAACUUGUGGCUAUUUCCUACGCUAAAUCCGUUAGACAAGUGAGGACUUUUGACAUGACAGAGCCCACCACAUUGUGAUAUGGUGGCAGUAAUUCCCUUGCUUGAAAUUGUAUUUUUCCAUAAUCCGGCAUUUUGACUGGUUUUCUUAUUAACACGUUGGCCAGAUUGUGCUAUGCACUAAUCCCAGUGCUGAUCCCUUUUUUUUUGUAUUUGUUUAAUGACUUUGAUGAAGUCUCUGAUGUCAGGUAAAGAUUCCUCACAGAUUUCUCAAUGACUUUGAACCAUGUGGACUCGACCGGCGUGCUCUCCUUCUGUAGGACUUUUGUUUUUCUCUUUCACGCGGCCUAAUGUGCAUGUAAGACACUACUUCAACACAGAUUACUUUAGGGGACAGAGAACUGAUUGUCGAAUCUGGGGACGUACCCUAUUCCUUAUGUGGUGCACUACUUUUGAACAGGCACUAGGGCUCUGGGUCAAAAGUAGUGCACUAUAGAUAUAGGGAAUAUGGUACCAUUUGGGAAUCGACCUCAGUCUAGAGGAAACGAUAACCACCGUCGCUCACUCGUCAUUACCUUAACGAGUCUUCAAUUCUAAUGCCAUAUCCUGUGACGUGAAUCCAGAAUCAGUCAAUUCUCAUGCACUUAUCAAUCCCCAAUAGUUUUCCAGCUGUAUUUUCAGGACCGUGGAAAAGCAUUGUAAUCUGAGUGUCACGACAAUAGCUAAAGCAUGGAAGGGAGGUUUUGUCAUGCAAGGAACAGGAAGUAUAUUGUGUAGCUUUCAUAUGGCAUUUGGUGGAUGGACACUGCCUUUGCAAUCAACUGUAGAGAUUGUACAAUCGUUUGCCGAUGAAGCACAAUUGUAUUUGUCAAUAAAGCACAAUUGAAUUUG